CCACAAAAACCCAGCAGCUGCAGGAAAACCAUUGAGAAAAAAAAUUGACCUCAGCUCACCCACUCAGAAGAGUCCUCUCAAUCCCAGUUAUCAAACAAGCUCAGCAUCAUCAUUGCCCACAAGACGGAAGUAAAACAAUGAAGAGAGGGGGAUGAGGAGGAGGAUUGUCUAGUGGAGUGAAGAGAACAACAGGACGACCCCUCACAGAAGACCACCAAGAGAAACAAUGAUUGUGGUUUUUCUGCUCUGUGUCGCUGCAGGUAUGCCAGCAGCAGGCCAAAUUCUGGAUGUGUGCGCCACCUGCCAUGCUAACGCCACAUGUGAAAAUAAGUUGCCAGUUGGCUCUGGCAAAGUUUGUAACUGCAAGUAUGGAUUUGUAGGAAAUGGAAGAACAUUCUGUCAAGAUAAAGAUGAGUGUCAGACAGGAGCCCAGAUCUGCGGGCAGCACACAAAAUGCCACAACACAUAUGGCAGCUUCUACUGUACCUGCCUUUCUGGCUACAACCCUUCAAACAACUUGGCCAUCUUCAUCCCAAAUGAUGGAACCCACUGCAAGGACAUUGAUGAAUGCAGGAUCACAGGGCUGUGUGGAGAGGGAGGUUGGUGCAGGAACCUGGAGGGCAGUUUUGAAUGCAGCUGUCAUGUGGGAUACCAAGUCGACAAUGGAACAGAACCUUUUCAUCCUCACAGAGACAAGGCUUUCUGCAAAGUGGUUGACUGUGGCCAGCCUGCCUCAGUGGAGGACGCAGUGCUGCUGUCGGUCACAGGGACCACAUAUGGUAGUGUAGCCACGUGGGUCUGUGAUGAAGGCUUCAUCUGGGGGAGUGGACACAACACCUCUGUGUGUCGAGAUAAUGGACUGUGGAGUGGACCGACUAUGGUCUGUGAAGAGGUCGACUGUGGCUCCCCCCCAGCUGCUCUUCCUCACUCUCAUAUGCUGUGGAAUAAGAGCUCCAGGAUUGGCUCUGAAGUGGUUUAUCAGUGUAACUCUGGCUAUCAUAAUGUUGGAAAGGGAAAUGUCUCCACUUGUACCGCUGUUGGACAGUGGGAAAAGCCGCCUGUGCUCUGCCAAGAGAUAUUAUGUGGGGAUCCUCCGAUACUGUCCCACACUGGGCAAGUGCGGAAUGGCAGUUCUACCCCUGGAAGCACUGUGACUUACUACUGUAAAAUAGGAUUUUAUCAAAGUGAAGGAAAUAAUGUGUCAUUGUGCACAAUUAACGGUUCCUGGACAAAACCAAACAUCUCAUGCAAAGAGGUUCUAUGUGGCCCGCCCCCCUCCAUCCCUCACUCAAUCAUACUGUGGGAUGAAAUUCCCACUGUGGGCUCUCAAAUUGUGUAUCAGUGUAAAUCUGGAUAUCGCAGUGUUGGAGAGGGAAAUAUAUCAGUUUGUACUGCCAGAGGAGAAUGGGAUGAGGCCUCUCUGCUGUGUCAAGAAAUCGAUUGUCAAGAGCCUGUUCAUAAACCUCACUCUAAAAGAUUAUGGAAUGGCACAUCGCACAUUGGCAGUGUGGUGUAUUACCAGUGUGAUGAAGGAUAUCACAGCAGGAGCCUGAAAAACGUCUCAGUAUGUGGAGAGAAUGGACUGUGGGAGGAUGUAGAUCUGUGGUGUGAAGAAAUAAAUUGCGGCCCACCACUAAUCCACCCCCAUACUAACCCCCUGUGGAACCGCACCAGCAGACCAGGCAGCGUGGUGUUGUAUGAGUGCAUGGAUGGAUUUUACCCGGAGAGUGGAAAUAAUAUUUCAGUAUGUUCAUUAUCAGGAGAGUGGGGGGAAAUAUCUUUGAAGUGCCAAGCUAAAUGUGGCCCAGUUCCCUUCCUUGCCAACUCAGAGGUGGUGUGGCAUAACAGAAGUGUAGUGAUCCACCACUGUGUGGAUGGAUAUCACAGCUGGAGAGGCAGCAACAUCUCUGUGUGUGGCAGCUCUGGGGAGUGGCAGACAGCUACUCUCAGAUGUAUAGCUAAAUGUGGCCCAGUUCCCCUCCUUGCCAACUCAGAGGUGGUGUGGCAUAACAGAAGUGUAGUGAUCCACCGCUGUGUGGAUGGAUAUCACAGCUGGAGGGGCAGCAACAUCUCUGUGUGUGGCAGCUCCGGGGAGUGGCAGACAGCUACUCUCAGAUGUAUAGAAAUAAAACCAGCAAUCAAUCAUGUACAUUUCCUUAAUGAAAGAUGUGUGCAUUGGAAAGCAGAGAAGUAUGAGGAGGACUCAGAAGCCUACAAGGUGACAUACACAGGUACCAGAGACUACCAGAGGUCAUUUCGUGAUAAAAGUAAGCAGUUUGUGAGCUCCAAGGCCGAGCAGCUGACACUCUGUCUCCACCUGCUUCCAGCCACAAACUACAGCAUCUCCAUCAUUGCACUGUCUGCCAGAUUCACAGCCUCCAUCACCAUAAACACCAGUCUGACAGUGCCUCCAGUGCCGAUUGUUUACUACAGAGAAUUUGAGACUCCUGUACCAACUUUGAGGCUGCAGAGAUCAGCCAACACACUGGACCCAAUAAGUUUGUACCAAGUGUUUGUUGUUCCUGUCGAGGACAUAAUGGUGUUUGACUGCUCCUCUCCUGGAAGCCCCGACCUCAACAAAUUCUCUUCCGAGUACAUUACUGCCCGGAUCCUCAUCAGACAGGUCGGGACACAGAUUAAUUUUACUGUUGGGGAUGGACUCUACUAUGGAGGCUUCUAUAAUGCACCGCUGGAGAAGGGCAGGACCUAUUACAUCAUCUUACGAGUCGUCAGCCAGUGGAAAACAGCUUUAAAAAGUUCCUGUGUCCUGUGGGCUAAAGUACGAGGUACAUCCUAUGUCCUGAUGGUUUCUUCACUCGCUGCAGCUGCUUCAGUAGGACUGGUGGCCUUUGCCAUUUUGGGUGGAUACAGUUGCAUCUGGCUGUUCAAGAAGACAUGACACCCCUCUCUGCUGAUGAUCUGUGAAAUCAAUGCCUGGA